AUGGAUUUAAAAAUUCUUUUACUAAUUGUGAUGAUGAAUCACAUAUCAUCGUCGAGUUCAGAAUUGCUUAGAGCACCGCAACAACCACAUAAUGAUUAUGCAUUCACAAAAUUUCGUCCACCACCGCCACCAAUAAGAGAACCGACAUUUAUACAAAGAAUUACAAGUUGGUUCUUUCCGUGGGGAUAUGGAACAACAGAAGAAGAAGAAUACAGUAUGCCAGCAUCUUCAAAAAUUGAUCAUUUAGCACCCCCCGUUCUGCCUCCACCGACAAUUCCUGCUCAAUCGAUAUUACCAAGGUUUAAUCCUGUUCAAAUCAGAGAUACAGAACCAACUACAGCUCGAACGACUCGAGCAACAAAUACUAAGUGUUCACCAUGCAAUAAAGUUCCAUGGAUUCCAAUGGUGCCUACUUAUCAACUUCCAGUUGUAAAAGGAAAUCAACAGCAACAGCAACAACAACAAUCUCAACAGCAGCAAGUAUAUUUUAAACAUUAUUUUGGAAAUGAGAAACAAUAUGCACAAGUUCCACCUAUAAAGAAUAAUGGCUACAAUUAUAAUCCCCCUUCUGUUCCAACUUUAUCGCCAACAUAUGGAACACCCCCAAAAGCAACUGAAUCUCCCUCGACCACUCCAUUUAAACUUCAAGAGAAUUUUGGCUACAAUCAAGGGCAUCAUAUUUAUGGAAUUCCACUAACGUCACAGAAGCCAAUAAAAAUUAUUCAGACUACAGGAUAUCAUUAUACAACACCAUCAACAAACUAUCAAGGAGGUUAUCAGUACACGAUUCCAUCUACAACUUUCUCGCCUUUUACCACACUUCGUCCAAAUUUAAAUACAAUAGAUACCUCAGUAAUAACAUUCACGACAAAUCGUCCACAGAAUAAUCGCCCUUCAAGAUUCACUUCAUUUGGAAGUGGCGUAACAAAUGCUGAAUACAUACCACCACCAAAUAUACUUCCAUUAGAAGGUGAAAAUGGUGGAUUUGUUCCUAUACCAAUACCUAAUUUAUCGCCUACACCUAUACCCCCAUUAUUUGAUGCUAAGGAUUUCCAUGAGAAUACAUACACAAAGCAACAGACAGGAUUUAUAAAACUAGUGCCAUUAGAACCUGUUGCACAACUAUCAAACAAUGUCAAUGUCCAAGCAAAAGUAGAGCCAGAACAAAAUCGAAAUAAGAAUAGUAAUGGUGUUGAGGUUGUCAGCUCAAAUCUCGUAGCUGAAUUUACUAUUCCGCCUGAAACUGCGCGGGAUGAUAAAAUAUACAUCAAUCAAAAUCAUCGACACCAAAAUGUGAAUACAUUAAAUCAACAAGAUGUGUUGCGUCAACAUGUUGUGAAUCAUAAUCCAUCCGUAAUUAACAUAGACAUAAGGAACAACAUCGAUAAUUUAAACAUAACAUUAAGUGCGCCAAUAGUUGUUGAAAGUUUGGAAUCAAAUGCAGCGGACAAUGCUCUCGCGGAAUCAGAGAAUAAUUAUCAACAGAAUGUUAAUCAAGACAUUGAUGUGAUAUCACUAGACCAAUUAAAUGGUGAUAAUGAUGAAGGCAUUGUAAUUGAUCAUACAAAUCGCGUGCCUUUAUUACAAGACAAUAUUUUGGACAAAGCCAGUGAAGAAGAAGAAGAACAACAAGCAAUAGAGGAAGAGAGCACAACGACGGAAGGCAAUUAUUUUGUGAAAUUUGAACCAUCAAUUCAAACCGCGGCUGACUUGGAAGAUGAGGCACGUAAGAAGAAUCAAACAAAUAAUAAUAAUAAAAAUAAGCAUAAAGAUCGCGAAACUCCACUUGAGCUCCUUGAUUCGCCAAUUUUCCAUAUAACGCCAAUUGCAAGAACAACUUUAAAGACAACAAAAGUUCCAUCGUCAAAUACACCUCCGCCGUUUAAGCCAAUUGAGGAUUAUACAAAAACACUGGCAACUUUAUGGUAUUCUGCUACAUCAUCACUACCAAUUACAUCCACAACAGAAGCUAUUACUUCAACGGAAGUUCCAAUAACAACAACUGAGGCAACAACAAUUAACUACAUUUCAAAACUUUCAAGCACCUUCUUCUCAGGCAUAAAUUUACCAAAAGAACCAAUAUUAAAGUCAAUAAUUUCAUCAACAAAGAAACCAAAACAGAUACAAAUUGUGAUUCCAUACACAUCAUAUCAUAAGCCAUCACCAUUUAAACCACAAAAUGAACAAGAGAUAAUCACGUAUAAGUCAAUUAGAGGUCAUUAUGUGACUCAUCUGCCACGAAUUAAAGAAACUUCAACUGAACCGAUUAAAAUGAAAGAAAGCUCUACAUAUCCACCAGUUUCAUAUGAACCAUUAUUUAAUGCACAUGGAUAUCACAAUGAUCAAGAGUAUCAUGAGCACGUACAAGAAUCGAAAAUUGUUGAAUCGAAACUCGAACCACCAAAGCCGACAAGACAAUUGACUAAAAUUGUUGCAAAUAACAUCAGAGAUUUAUUGAAGAAAGAGAAAACUCCAAAACCUCCAAAAAUUGACAUUAUAAAGCUACAAAAAAGUAUUGAUGGAUGGACGGAACAAACAUUUAAAGGAAAAGUCAGUACUAUUGCUCAAACAGGUCAUACGAAGCCAAUUCCAUCAUCUUUUUUGACGACAACAUCUAAAGCAACAACUCAUAUGAAAAUUCCAACAACUACUUUAGCACCAAAGACUACUUUCGAUCCUGAUUUAAUGGAAGAAACCAGAAAGCAAUAUGACAAUAUUUUAUACAAGAAAGAAGAACCGUUUGUGAAACGACAUGAUCGAUAUUUAGAUCGCGAUAAUGAGCUAUUGUUACUUAAUAAUAAUUUAACUCAUAAUUUGAUUCAUCCGGAACCAGUCAAAAUUUAUGAACCAAAAACCACAUUAUCACCGAGAGAAUUAUGGAAGCGAUUGCAUAUAACAAUUUCGCCUUUAAAUAAUGAGAAGAUUUAUGUGGUUACUCCACAGCCCAAAAAAGAAAAACAAUAUGGACAUCAAAACAGCAUUAAAACAGGAAAAAAAUUAAAGCAAGAAAUAUCACGGAGGAUGGAUGAUUCUAUGGAUCUUAUAGAAACAGAAGAAACCAUUGAUGGACGCUCAAAGGUUAUAAAAAUCAUUACACCCGAACGAAAGGAAGUGACGAAUUCAAUUGAUUCAACAACAACAACAACAACAACUGAGAAGUCGUCUCACUCAUAA